GUCUGCUGUGACACUGGCUGCGGGUUCUGAUGCUUCGUGUUGGAUAAAUGGUUUUCUUGACGCUCCUGAAGUCUUUCUCCAUUGUGACCUAAGCAGCUAAGUGAAAGGCGUUCAAAAACACGGACGUUUUAGGGAAGGGAACCAUAGAAGACGAAAAAUCUUCGGUUUGAGAGAGAACGAGCAAAGACGAGCUGAGAAGAUGAACCCAAGAUAAAACUGGAAGUAUUAGUGACCUCACCCAUCUUACUUUACAGUCGACACCGCAUUGCCAUUAAACAAAGUUAAGGCUGACAGGUUAACUUCUAAAAAUUAAAUGUCAGCUGAUUGCUGGCAGUAUAAUAUGAAUGAGUGUCCUUUAUGUGGAUAUAAAACAAGAGCAGGCAGAUUUAUAGGAUUAUCGUUUCAUUCAUCGCUGUUCACAGAUCUGGAGAUGCUGUGCUGGGAAUUUGUGAGACUCCAAACAGCACGAGCACCAAGAACAAUAUCCCCACUGUCUGUCUCUGCACUGCCUCCAACAGCUGACAUUCAUCCGGUUUGUCUGUGCACAGCAGCGGGCCAGCUGUCGGACAGUCACUAAUGUCAUCUCUGACAUGGUGCUGCGGGCGCUGACAGGGAUAAUGCUGAUGAUGACAUCCGGACGGACACUUAUUUGACAACGCUGUGGAGACAGGAAAAGCCAGUCGGUGUGAAAUCAGUGCCAAUGACCCUGUUUGUCUGAGACUUCUCCAAAUACGUCGCUGUCAUUUAGGACCAGUGUGCCGCAUGGACAGCUGUGACCGUGCCUCCGUGGACCUGCUGUGACCUCGCUGGGGGCGGCGUGCAGCCUAACCAAUAGACGGCUGUGACUGGGCCUCCAGAGGAGAGCAUUAAGCAGAUUGCACGUCCGUACGACUGAACCCAUGGCCAGCACGACAGGUCAGGUCUUUGGCUUCUUCCUGGGACUGUUGGGAUUCACGGGGACUGUUGUGGCCACCGUGCUGCCCCACUGGCGCAGCACAGCCUACGUGGGCUCCAACGUCAUCACAGCCACCGAAUACAUGACGGGCCUAUGGAUGGGGUGUGUGUGGCACAGCACGGGGAUUUACCAAUGUGAGCUGUACAGAUCUCUGCUGGCACUGCCAUCUGACCUGCAGGCCGCUCGGGCUUUCAUGGUGCUCUCCUGUGCCAUGUCAGUCGUGGCCUUUGUUCUCUCGGUGAUGGGAAUGAAAUGCGUCCGCUUCGCUCGUAGCUCGUUCGUCAAGACACCCCUGGCGUUGAGUGGCGGGGUCUGUUUCCUCUGCGCUGGUCUUCUCUGCCUCAUUCCUGUGUCCUGGACCACCCACGAUGUCAUCGUGGACUUUUACAACCCUUUUUUUCCCGGUGGGAUGAAAUAUGAAAUCGGCCUGGCAGUCUACAUCGGCUAUGCCUCCGCCUUCCUCAGCCUGAGUGGAGGAGCAGUGUUGUGCUGGAACAGCAGCGGCGGUAGAUCACGUACGCGGCAGGAUCAAACAGUAACCCGUCCCCCGGCCUUCAACAACGUGAGCUCUCCUGCUCCAAUGUACAAACCUCCCGAGGCCCUGAAGGACAACCACACGUCUUGUUUCUGCUCCCUUUCUAACGAUGGAUACAGAGUCCAAAACUACUUCUAGGCCAAUCAAAUAGCUGCACACAGCAACAUGUGUCUUUAUUAUGUAUUACUUUUUGAUCAUGUCUGUUUAGGUGGAGCUGAGACCUGUUGAUAUGCUGCCUUACGAGCUAAAUACCAGGAGGUGGCGACAUUGUCCGGUAAAUGUUCACAGAUGGGAGGUGCGUAGAGUUAAUCAGUCCUAAUGUUCUGAAACGUUCCUGACUAAUGUUCUGAUUCCAGGAUGAUCCAUUGUUGAUAAUAAUUGUAAAAUAACGUCUUGGUUAAUUUUAAUGGUUAAUGUUUUAUUAUUAUUAUUAAUUUAUUUUUUUAAAUAACAUCAAUUCAUGAAUGAAUGUCUGACUUACAGUAAAAUCCCACCGUUAUUUUAACGACCAGAAAAUAGAGCAGCACAGAGGAGACCUUAAUUUUUUUCGUGCUGGUGUAAGAGCAGAAAUGGCCACUAGAUGGCUGCAAUGACCCGCUAAAAUGCUUUAUUUUGCUUCUUUCUACAGUAGGACUUGAUUUAUGGCCUGUUUUAUAAGAGCAUUUAGUUACCUUCAUGUGUCGUAAACAUGACAAUUUUUGUGCAG